AUGGCCCAAGCUCGCACCUCGCUAUCCUCUACGAUUACCUACUCGCGAUCAAAUUCGGCGGGCCUGGCACAAAGCGGUCAUGGGGCCAAAACUCCAGUUAACAACAAAGGCGCCUUCAUUACCGACGCCUCCGUUCUCGAGAAGCAGUUCGGGAUGAACAUGGGUUGGUUGGCACCGCAGAUGUCCAUCCGUAAACGUGCCACCGAGCCAUUCAUCUUCUCGCAUCAACACCCUUCCACCAGUUCCUCGACUCAUGACUCCAUCGCAUCGAGUUCUGUCAGCCUUGUGGAUGUAGUGAAGGAACAACAUGCUGCAGAUGCAUUCCACGAGUCCACCAAGGCUGUCCUUGAAUGUGGCAGAUCGCAGAGGCCGGUACAGGCGAGGGUUGCUGGCAACGAGAAGGCUCCGGACGACUUUCUGCAUGAAAGUCAAUGCGGGAUCCACUCUGUUCAACAUCGCCCAGCCCAGUGCGUCGGGCCACUGUCAGCGGGGGAGAGUGCAGGGAUGUGGUAUACGCCGCGGCGGCUCUUCCGGCUCAUGCAGACCUCAUGCUUCGCCUUCCGCACUUUCUCGCGGCUCCUCUCCUAUCAGGUCUUCCUCUCGAUCACCUUCCAGCUCGGACUCAUCGUACGUCCCAUCCGACGUGGAGGGUCCCAACGAAGCUUCUCGGAAGCGGAAGUCCAGGCAGCAGAGUAG